AUGAGAGCCCGAUCGGGCAUUGAAAGUAAAUCGCACGAUACGGUACGCACGCGAUACAGCUGUACAGCUAAUGAGACACAACAGCCCGUGGAUGAAGAAGAAUCAGAGGAGCAAUAUCGAAUGGAAGAAACUGCAUUACCCAAAAAACAUGCCAAAUUGGUAAACAGCGCGGGGAUACAGAUCCUAUUCAGUUGUCGUUCCUCCGGACGAUCGUGGACCGCGGUCAUCCCAAGUUCCCAAGACCAACGCAGUAACGGCCUGGAAAGUUUGCGGCGUCUAGAAUCCCAAUUUUACUUGGAGACAGACACACGACACACACCAAAGAAGUUCACCGGCGGCACACUAGACAAAACCUGUUUCCCAUCCCGGGGGAGUGCCGUGCGGCGCGCCAACUCUCGAGUCCACCACUUAAGCAUAUCGCCAUGGCAGUUCUGGAUCUUUAACAACCGUAAUGGUGGUGGUAUUGGUGGUGGUGCCGUGUGCGCCGGUACCCUUGCCAUGGCCAGGGAAACACUGCCCGGCAAUCGGAAGAGCCCGGCGAGAAGUGAGCUCAUCUACGCAGGUAUACCUUUUCUCUCUGAUUUCCUUUCCCCAUUUCGAACGCACAGAGAGCAGGGCGGUCAUGCAGUCGAAGUCGAGGUCGUGAUCAUAUGCUUUUUCUCGGCACCUCAGCAUUUCUGGGCGCAGCAAAAGAAGAAAUCCACUUUGGAGAGUCGAGACGCACAGCAAAGCGUGCUGCGAAUAAGCAGGAGCUCAUCACCAACAACUGAUCACCGUACCGCUGCCCGCACCGCACCGUUCCUGCUCCUUACCCUACCCGCAUCUGCGCGCGCGCGCGCCCAGCCUGCACCCCGCCCCUUCCGCACCCCUGCAGGCCCUCACCUUCCCUUCCCUUGCCGUGAGCCUGGCGGGGUGUCUUCUGCAACCACAAUCCCGCAACCCGCACCCUUAGCAGUCCAUUCCCCGUACAUCACGGCCAAUUCCAUCUCUUUUACCCCAGAUCUAGCGGGUUACGCCCAGCCUCACCCUCGCCCUCACCCUCACCCUCUCUCCGUCGUUCUCAACAUGGAUUGGCGCAUGACUGUUCAACCAGUGGCGUGGGCAUUCUAUACUACAUAUGGACUCUGGGCGGGCCAUGGCACACGAUCAUCCGUCUUCGCCGGAAGCCGGGACCAGGAAAGACGUUGGCGGGGGAGGGGCAGCGAUCCUGCGAGCACUGAAUACCUAGCACCGUUUGAGAAGUCUCACAUGCUUGCCCUCCAAGGGGACCAUCGAGCUAAACCAUUGGCGGCGGCAGAGGCGAAGCCUGGCACUCGACACUGCACACUGAUCACUAGUCACUCGUCACGUAGAAACUACAUGCUAAAGCAAGGAUGGAGACGGUGUGAUUCUUUUCAUGCGAUGUACCUGGGGACUUGGUAUUGGCGUCAGCUCGAGGAGCCGGAUCCUUUCUUCCAGACUCCAGUUAUCAUCUCCGAUGUCUAUAAUAGAAGAUGGCUCGCUCCCGUUCACGGGUAUCUUGUCUGGGAUGGGAACACGUCGAGCCAUAACUGGAUCCGAUAUUUGAGAAAACGAAGCUGGGGCCAGACGACCAGCCGGACCUCCCUCCGUGAUACCUGCCUAGCCUUACAACUCUUGCCUUGUGAUACGGACACAAGGCAGAUCGUCCCGGGACAAGGGCAGACGAGUUUGCCUUACUUACACGGGAGCCGAUUGCGAGAUAUCGAGAAAGUAGCGAGUCAACGUCGAGAAAAGACUGCAGCGCAUCACCACAUACCACAACAGUGGAUCUCCUACAACCUGAUUGCCUUUUCUGUCUUUGCUGGUGAACAGACCAGUAAUGUGAAGAGGGGGCUUUGCUCAACAGGGAACCUGAGCAGCGGCAAACCGGCAGAUGCAGCGGGAAUUGGUUGGGCGACAACUCUGUCCGAUCUUCAGACCAAGAAACCUACCUCAGUAGCUUUACUUGAAAGGUACGCGACCCUUCCAGAGUCGCCCUUCGCGGUGAUUGUGUUGGUUGUUGAACUGCGUCACCAUUUAUCUUCGUUCUUCUGUUUUCAUCUUAUUGCCCGAGUUACACGACAGCAAGACACGCCGGACAAAGCACAAACAUCCUCACAAAGUGUGCCGAAUCUUGAAGAGGACGGCGACCUUGAAUUUCCCGGAGUUGUGCUAUUGAAGCAGCAGCAGCAGCAGCAGCAACAAGAAACCGAUCAACACUACCAUCGAAACGAGCAACUAUCACAGCAAAACUACUUUGGAUUUGAAGAAGAGACAAAACAAGACACCGGGUUGCCAGAAUUAGGCAAAGAAACCGACAGUGAGGUUCGAAAACACAGCCUCGACCAUCACGUCAGCCGCGACCUGGACUUGAACUUGACAUUCAGCCUUGACCUCGGCAUCGACGGUGACAUUGACCUUCCAGCGGCUCAUGUUGAUGCAGCCGAAUCUGGGAUUCUGACAGAGAACAAUUACAACGCGAUUGCCGGUCUGCGGCAACAAAGCGAACCCAAUCUAACGUCAGUGCUCUUCCCAUUCCAUCAGUCGCAGCAGAGACAAGAAGAAGAAAAAGAAGAACGGACGGGGCAACAUCAGUUGUUGUUUGAUACGGGUACAUCAACGGAUAUAAGCUGCAGUGCAGGAGGAAGAGAACAAGAAGAAGGAAGAAGAGAGGCAAGAGUUGUAGAGGUCCCCACGUUUGGAUUGCACCUUCCCGGACCUCAACCUGUGUUAGGUUCCGGACCUACUAUUGACCCAUCUUUUUCUCUUUUGGAAUCAUCCACAAUACCAGCAACAACAUCAGUAAGUAGAAGAACGACAGGAACAACAUCAUCAUCAGGAGUUGCAGGACACUCGGCAGAAGUGCAUUUUCCGAAUUCCAUCUCAUCAAUCUCCAGCCCCAGCAGCUCCGGCACUAGCAGCUCCACCGCCCCCGGUUCCACGUCCCGCAGGCCCAUCCUCUUCUCAUCAGCAUCAGCACCGGCGCCAGCACCAGCACCCGCAUCAGCAUCAGCAUCAGGGGAAAUACCAUUUGCCCACCCCCACUCCCACCACUCCUUGUUCUCGCUGACCUCACCUACGGCAGACUGCAAGAGGCACUCCGCCAAAACCGUUCUUUCCAAUAGACCUACGGCCACCUUUGAGAAAUAA